GAGGUGAGCAUCGUUCUCGCUUUUCUCACUUCUUCGCUGCGUUUCUCGUUUCUAUUAUCUAUUUGCCAUACACACGGGCCAUAAAGAGCCACACUUGACUAGAUACGCUGAGAUACAUUGUUUGGUAAACCUCUCAAAACGCGAUUUGUUAAUUAUAUAUAUUUUUUAACUCUAUACGGUUUUUGGUGCCAUUCGAUGGUUUACCUCUCAGACUCUGGCUCCCGACUAACGGAACACCUGCACACAAUCAGACCAACAUUCCUCUCAAGCAGCAUCACUCUACAUUCCUGAGGACUUGCAGAGACACCAAAGCGUCUCAUCUCCAGCUUAUUGGUCCAGGAUGCUGGGUGCAGUAAUCCCAACCUGUGGACUGCUGGCUUUGCUAACAGCCCUCCUCUCUCUGGGUUCUGGCCUGGUAUGGGCAGACCCCGUGGUGAACAUGAGGAAGGUGACCCACCAGACAGUGAGGGAGCAGCUGGCCAACAGCGUCCUGCUGCCCUGCGUCUUCACCCUGCGCCCCACCCCAACCCACGAGCCGCCCCGCAUCAAAUGGACCAAGGUGUGGGGCCAGGCGGGGGCCGAUGGACGACAGAGGGAACAGUCCGUCUUGGUCGCCAAGGACAACGUGGUUAAGGUGAAAAAGGCGUUUCAGGGGCGUGUCACCCUACCCGGUUACCAGGACAACCGUUUCAAUGCCAGCCUGGCGCUUAGUGGCCUGCGCUCCAGUGACUCAGGCAUGUACCGCUGUGAGGUGGUGGUGGGCAUCGACGACGAACAGGACACCGUGCCACUGGAGGUCACAGGAGUGGUGUUCCACUACCGUGCCCCCCAUGACCGCUACGCCCUGUCCUUCCCUGAAGCCCAGCGUGUGUGCCUGGAGAACUCUGCGGUCAUCGCCACGCCCACUCAGCUCCAAGCCACCUUCGCUGACGGUUAUGACAACUGUGACGCCGGCUGGCUGUCUGACCAGAGCGUGAGGUACCCUAUCCAGUCACCCAGGCCGGGUUGCUAUGGUGACAGAGAGGAAUCACCUGGUGUACGCAACUACGGCAAUCGGGCCCCUGACGAGCUGUUUGAUGUCUACUGCUUUGCCAAGCAACUGCAAGGUGAGGUGUUCCAUACGUCGAUACCAGAGAAGCUGACCCUGGCCACGGCCUCCACCCACUGUCACUCUCUGAGUGCCCAGCUGGCCACCGCAGGGCAGCUCUACUUAGCCUGGCAGGCUGGACUGGACCAGUGUGACCCAGGCUGGCUGGCCGACGGCAGCGUGCGCUAUCCUAUAAACCUUCCCCGGCGCAACUGUGGUGGGGAUGAUCCGGGAGUCCGCACCGUCUACCAUAACCCCAAUCGCACUGGAUUCCCAGACACCACUACCCGCUUCGACGCUUACUGUUACCGAGAAGGUGACACAGGGGUUCAGGCAGCCCAGCCUGUGGGGUUCCUCCAGUACCGAGACCCAGACGCCAACUCCUCAGCCCCAGCCCCUGUGCGCUCCGACCCUUAUCCACAGCCCUCCACCUGGACAGGCAUGGUAGACCUGGACAAAGAAGGCAUCAGCUCCAUUGCUGGAGGCAAUGAGUCAUCUGAGAUUUCAGAGGAACAUGUGGUGAUCCACCUCCGGCCAGGGGAGAGUACUCAGCAAUGGGGAGAGGAUAACCAGGAGACCCAGGAAAGAUCAGAGACUGAAGCACCUCAGAAUGCCUCCUCCGGCAAUCUGGGUCUUUCUGCCUUGGAGAAUCUAGAGUCCCAUGGUGGUUCUGCCCAGGAGGAGGUGGAGGGUGGGGACGAAGAAGGGCCUAUCCAGUUGUCAGAUUCUUCUCUGUUCUCCCCUGCCUCUCCGACGCUACAGGCCCAGACAGCCAAUAGUGUUCUCCUAAGCUUCGUUAACAACCUGAUGAAGCCUUUUAGGUAUUGGACAGGUACUGUGGAGUCAGACAUUGAUGCCCCACCCUCAAUCACCCCCACAUCACUGGCUGAGAGGAUGGAAGCAGGGGACCAGACCUCCCCAGGGUUGACUAAUGUCCUCCCCACUGGAGAACAGCCCAAGAUGCUUAAGAAAGGACAUACAGAGAGCUUUAUAAUGGAGCAUCGAAGUGGAGUCUCCUCACUAAAGACAUCCUCUGGUGGACUCACCAGCACAGAGGGUCUUUCUGAACAGGAGAGAGAGGUGGUCCCCUCAGUUACAUCGGGCCCUGUAAUCCAGUAUACAGCCACCCAGCCUUGGAAGAAAGAUCCAAGCACAUCCCUAAACGACUCUCCAGCCUCUUCUUCUAAUGGUAGUCCACCGCUGAGUCACAGUCCAUUCAUCAGAGAGGGAUUCACAGCAUCUGAGGCUAUUGAGAGCAGCACCCCCGUUGAGGCUGUGAAUAUAUCUGGGGUCCCACUCCAGGACUCCAGGGCCCUUCUGGCUUCAUCUCCAGGGAUCCCAGCGCCAACGGCAGGCAGCCAGCUGAAAUGGGCCUUGAAGACUUUGAAGGGUUCCGAGCUGGGGGCCCCAGGACAGGGACACAUGGCUUACUUGGGGACGGGUUCCACCUGGGAGCCCAUGGAGGCCAAAGCUGGACCCCUGGAGGUCAUGACCCUCCCUGCCAACCCAGAGAGCUACUCUGGAGAGGGGAGAGACCAGGAUCCAGACCACAGCAGCCCCACAGUCGUCCAGGAGAGGGGGAACAUAGCUAUGGCUGUGGAGGGCAGCGGGGUAGGUGGGAGUGACUUUCCGGGGGUCUUUGGAUCUGACGUUAACACCAGUCCAGCCAGUGUUGCCAGUGUCACUACACAGCCUUCUCCUUCUACAGUGAACCCCACCCACACCCAGACUGUGGUAGAAUAUACAAGUAUGGCCCAGUGGCAGCUGGUGGACCAGCCCACAACCGCAUUUGCAUCUGUUUCUGCUGCUGGGUCCAGCCCGGGCCCUGGAGGAACCGCCGAGGAGGCCAGGGGAGAGAUUGUCUAUGUCCGACGCCCCACAGAGGAACUCUUUCCAAUUACUUCUAGUAAAACUGAUGGUUUUCCCGCUGUGGUCAGGAAGCUGAGCCUGAACUUAGCCAAGGGGACUGAGAGACAACAAAGCCCAGAUGAGGCCACCACACGUGGGUUCACCUCUCCACCUGCGGCCCAUAUGGAGCCCCUGAAAACCACUGAAACCUCCACAGAGAUCUCCCAUGGACCAGACCCCAGUGAUUCUACCAAGGAGCCACCAAUCUCCAUCGCGUGGCUCGAAGUAGAAUCAGAGAACACGAGCACCACUCCUCUGACUUUGGAUGAGCCCAUGACAACCACAGUUAACCACAACCUGCUUACCACGAUGGAGUCUGUCCUGAAUGUCACCGAUCGGGAAGCUGAGUCCACUUCAGCCGUUUCAGGGUCCUUUGCUGUGGGACAAGGCUGGAAGCCGUUGGAGGGGGUGAACCAAACAUCUAAGGAGAACCAAACCUCUGUGACCACAGAGAGCCCAGAGAAGACCCCCUAUGGCGUGUCGGUUACUACAUGGGGCUAUGGCAUCAACCCUUCAGCCGAGGAGGACCCGUGCCAGACCAACCCCUGUCUGCAUGGAGGCAGCUGUCUGAGGGAGGGCGACGGCUACAGCUGCUACUGUCCCCAGGGAUACUCCGGAGAGAGCUGUGAGAUCGACAUUGAUGACUGCCAGUCCAACCCGUGUCAAAACGGAGGCACCUGCAUCGAUGAGAUCAACUCCUUUGUUUGCCUGUGUCUGCCCAGCUACAGCGGGGCCACAUGUGAGAAAGACACAGAGGGCUGUGAACACUCGUGGAGGAAGUUCCACGGUCACUGCUACAGGUACUUCAGCCGCAGACACACCUGGGAGGACGCAGAGAAGGACUGCCGGGAGCACAGCGGACACCUAGCCAGCAUACACACCCUCCAGGAGCAGAACUUCAUCAAUGGCCUGAGUCAUGACAACACCUGGGUCGGCCUCAACGACAGAACGGUAGAGGAGGACUUCCAGUGGACCGAUAACAUGGACCUGCAAUAUGAGAACUGGCGGGAGAACCAGCCGGACAACUUCUUUGCAGGUGGGGAGGACUGUGUGGUGAUGAUCGCCCAUGAGAAUGGCAAGUGGAACGAUGUGCCCUGCAAUUACAACCUGCCAUACGUCUGCAAGAAAGGGACAGUGCUUUGUGGGAACCCGCCCACCGUAGAGAACGCCUUCCUGAUUGGUCGUCAGCGGUCCCACUAUGACAUCCACUCGGUGGUUCGUUUCCAGUGUGCUGACGGGUUUCUGCAACGUCACGUGCCCACGGCCAAGUGUCGUGCCAACGGCAAGUGGGAUCGACCCAAGAUCAUCUGCACAAAAUCCCGGCGAGCCCAUCGCUACAGACGGCACCAUGACCGCCACAACGGACGACGGGAGCACAGAAGGCAUAAGAAUCACGGCCAUGGACACAGAGAGGGUGGCCGUCGCAGAGGAGACCACGGACACAGCCAUGGGCAUGGGCAUGCUCAUGCCCACAUCUAAACCAAAAUAAUCUGUUGCCUGAACCUCACCUCGCUGCCCAGUCUGCCUCCUCCUGCCCUGUUCCCAACCCCACAACCUGGCUCCCUGAGCCAGCCUGUAUCAUACUCAACUCUGAGGCCUUGCGACUGCUAGGCCUCACUGAGACAAUAACAACCCCUUUGUACUAUUUUCUUUACCCGUCCGUCCCCCCCAAAAAAAAAAACAUCUGUCUUUUUUCUCUCCACCCCCCCACCCUCAAUACUUUUAUUGAGUCUAUGACGACCCAGGAUAUGGGGCUUUGCUUACCUGUUAACUAUUAAGAGGGGUUUCUUUUUCAUUCUAUUUUUACAUAAACAAUCGUGGAGUAUGAGGUUUAGUACAAACUGUAAAUAGUUCCAACAUCAUUUGAAAUUCUGUAUCAUCAGAAGAGUCAAGGAAUACAUGCGAUCCAUGUUUUUCAAUUGAGUCUUCAUUUGAACGUGACUUUUUAGGAGUUGUCUGGUAGAGUUCCUUGUUUUGCUGUUAGCGCUUUUGAAGAUAUUUUGCUUCUGGACAUGUGACAUGCUUUCUUUUAGACUGGCGGUUGUACUGGUUUUGACUUACUAGCAAUGUCUCUCUUCAUUGGAAGCUGACGUUACAUGACAUGACCACACCGGGCCGGAGUUCAGAUCAUGUGACAGAUCAUGUGACAAAAACAUUUGCACGAAAGUUGGACGGUUGGUUGUAACCACAUUGCAGAGCAGUUGCUUCCAAGUUGAAAGAGGGUGUUCCACAAAGCGAGCAGCUUCUCAGUAGCAAGCAACCAAAGUUACAUGUAAGGUUCUUCAUUUAACUGUCACCUGAGACAGCACUGGGUAUAGAUUGUCCGCAGAGGAAACUUUUGAAAACCGUUCCAGAAUACGCAUCCAGAAUCUCAGACUGUGCCCCGCAGUGGUUAAAACCUUUUGAACAUAUUGUAUCGGCUUAAUGGUCCACUUGAAAUGUUAAAAUAAACAUGUUAAGUUAACCAGUAAGCAGAAACAGCAUGUCAUCGUAUUACUAUAUGUUUGCUUUCUAAGUCGUUCUCUGGCCCUGCUUAACUACUAGGGGAGAUAGCUACUGUAGUCCCUGGUUUGGAACUGGACAGAUUGCAAUGUCCUCUCUGAGUCUGGUUUCUCAGCUAGCUAACAGGCAAUGAUCCUUCAUCACAACCCUUUCAUGCCCAUCACCACACUCCCAUAUUCUGUCUGCCUGCGAAAUCAAUAUAGAUGGUCUGUUGGUCCUCCAUUUUGGAGUUGUAUUUCUCUGGCCUGCUGAGGAGGAAAUGUUUCUUCCAGACUGAGGGGAAAAAAAUGGAGUGUAGUUGAGAACUUAGACUUUUAAUUGCAGCCGGACCCCUCCUCCACCAUAUCAGUCAGAUUGAUGGCAGGCAUAUCCAGCUGUCAGGUACUUUCCUGAGGACCCAAACACCUUGCUCCCGCCAAAGGCUAUGUUAUGACCAUGGACAUUAGUUUUUUCUCCACAAGGAUUCUGGAUCCAAUCCCCUCCCCGAGGACUCCCCCGGUUACAGAAAUGACUGGACCAUCUGAUUGAUCACAGAAACCACUGGGUUCCAUCUGAUUGGUCCUGAACAUUUUGAGAGUGUGCCAUUGGCUUCAAAGUUCCUGUGUUCCAUUUAAGUGUGCGUUGUUUUGGGUGACAUUGGCAGCAAAAGAACAUCAUAGAUCACCAGCUGACAGUUAACAACCGUAAAGCAGCACUCCAGGUGUUUUAAAUAGAAAGCUGGCUAAGGCCGCCUCAUCCCGAAUGAUGUUAUAAUUGCAACCGAGAUACCCAGAUUUUUUAACAAUCCUUUGUCACUAUACACUCUUUUUUUCAGUCCCCCACCCCCCGGAUUUCGUUUUCUCUCAUUCUUUCCUCCCGCCCGUCCCUUGCCUAUCAUCCUUGGUGUAUCUGGUCAAUGACAGAGACCAGACCUGAAAAAGAGGAGGGAGAGAGGAGCCACAUAUCAGUAUAAUUAAUCUCCCUUAAACCAUGCUUCAUUAAUUAAAGGGUUAUCAUCAUAACCUUUGUCCUUGGCAGUGCUGACAGAGGCUUUGCAGUGAUGGACAGGGAGCAACAGGCUGUCACAGCACUCACUCACUGACCCUGUCAGGUGUCAAGGCUUUUUUGUCAUGUAUUCUCCAGUUGCAGACAUUCCACGCAAUGGUUUAGUUGUGGGGGCUUGUUAGGCAUUUAAAUCAGCUGUGAUGUCUGUGAUUGCUAGGGGGGAAAGACAGUAUGCUUCUGUCUCAGUAAUACCAGGGACGUUGUGUAUGACAGGCUGUUGUGUAUGACAGAACAAAUACAAACAGGUGACUAGAUCUUUCUCACACCCCGGAGAAGGCCAGAACUGAGACCACUGUGUCAGAGAGCGGGCUGGGAUGAGGUGACAUGGGUUCAGUGAGGUUUCGGGUUUGCGGUUUUGGAGUAGAGGGAGUCCUGGUGUUGCUUGGGAGUGCCCUGCUGAGUUUUAUGUCUUAUCUGUCUGUCUAGCUACAUGUUGUCAUUCAGUCUAACAGGCUUUUUACCCCCACACACCCAGUCAGCUGCUAUUGGCACCUCCUGGAACAGUGGGUCAAACCAUCUCAGUGUGCCCCGUGGAUUGUGUCAGCCUGCUCCGAUCCAGCCGACAAAACCUUAAUUCCCUGGGAUCUCAUCCCGUUGUUCUCUCUCUAUCAGAGAAAAACAUGCUUUUUUUCUAUCUGACUUUAUCUCUGUCGCUUUUUUUCAGACAGUCCCUCACUCCAGCCUCAAACACACACAUACAGGCACGCGUGCAAAAACCCGCGCCAACACACACACACACACCGUCAGGCCAGUAGCUGCACGUCCACGCUCUCCCUCUCACCACACCAGCGAUGGGUUUACUGCUGCGAUGAGCCGUAACCAUGAACAUGAGUCCGGUAACUACAGAGGUCAUCCGCAGCAGUCUGCCGCACGGCAUGGUGGGCCUGCCUGCAGGAGGGACGUCUUCACAACCAGCUGGGCGUCUCCUCGGGCAAACCUCAACCCCAGACAUAACUGCUAUGGAGCCAUUCACAUCACACAGUCUCUGGGUUUAGUGUACAGUAGGAGACCCUUAAAAUGGAGACAGACAGAAAGACAGAGAGAGAGAGAGAGAGAGAGACCGGGGGAGACCGAGAGCAGUGGAAUACUUUGUUAGAGCUGCAUCAGUGUGGUGUCCAUCUCUGCACGUGCCGUGAUUGUGUGGAUGAGUGGAUGUGCAGUCAGGUAGCGUAUGAUUGGAUCAGUGGGUGAAACCAUUUGAGCAAUGGAGACAUUCACUUUCUGUCGUCUGUCUCGGUUAGCGAUGUACAGGGACCUGGAGGGAGAAAACCCUGUUAGCAUUCUGAUGCACAAGCUGUAAUGAGGCGUUAACCUUGCCCUUUUGUAUUUACGCUGUUGCAAGAGGAGGUCCUGAGAGAGAGAACGAGCAGGGAGAGAAGCAGGGAGAGAGGCAGGAGAGGAGCAGGAGAGGAGCAGGGAGAGUGG